AAUUCUGUAAUGCGAUCAUUCGGACCCGUCUGCUCCUUCUCCUAAAAUAACCCCUUAACACAGCCACCCAACACACACGCACACACACACCACACGCAUAGAGAGCUACUGUACCGCAUUUGCACUCCUGACACACUAAGUCGGUGUCAGACACUGUAGGUGUCUGUGUUGUGUCUCUGCAUAUCCUGUAAAUUCCACUUCAGCUUCGAGGGACAUUGUGAUCAAGCCGCUGAACUGAUCUCAUUGACAUUUCAGAUUAGCACUAAGCAGAGCACCCCAGCCCCAUCUGUCUCUCUCUGAGGGUCUCUGUCAGUGAGAAAGGAUUAAGAUAGCUUCUUUUUUUUUUCUUUUUUUUAAAAAGAUUUUGGACUGACUUCUUUUUCGGGAGGCUGAAGAACAGGUGGAAGUGCCAGAGCUCAGCUCACUUUUACACUGGCCUGCAAUCAGCCGGAGGACAAAGAUGAUGAUGGUGAGCGACGACUGCCUGGUGGAGUGUAAGAUUGACGACAGCGAUGAAGACGAAGGGGUGGAAGAACAGAUAAACACUCCCCCUCCUCCCCCAGAGUUUGCAUCCAAAUCCUCGACCCCUGCGCCCAAAGCUCCAACUCCACCUGGAGCUCUGACUACACCCAGGGCCCCGACUCCACCCAUAGCUCCAGCUCCACCUGCUGCUCCUCCUACACCAGCAGCCACUCGUCCUGUCAGCAGGGAUCCUCGUGGUAUCAACCAGCACCUAAAGGUGGAGGUCAGUGAUGUGUUGGCAGAACCCAGCAAACCUCACAGCAUAGACCAAGUGUGGAUUUACAGCGUCACUGGCUUUGAGAAUGCUCGUAUCUGGACGUACCAGUGCCUCUCCUUGCUUUUUGCUGUGCCCUGCGCUCUCGUUUGUGGCAUUUUCCUGGCCAUUCUUGCCUGCCUUCAUGUCUGGUUUCUGGUUCCCUGCAUACAGCUGAGCAACACUUUCCUUCCAUGCCUGCGGUCCUUGUGUAUGUGUGCCGUCAACGUUGUCAUCUCUCCAUUCUGUGCAUCUGUUGCUCUCUGCUGCAGCCAAAUCGCAAUUUCACUGUCGAACAAGGACUGGAUUCAAUUGAAAGACAAAGACACAGUAUGAAUGCAAGAUAUGCACUAAGUGGGUGACUGAGUGAAUGCUUAAAUUGGGGGCCUAUUUUUAGUUUCUUUCUUUUUCUUUAUGUUUUUUUUUAAUUUAUGGUUUAUUAACCUGCUCUGUUAAUCCUACUUAAAAUGUUUUCUACAUGUAAACCAAUUUCUGUUAUUAUUUCCACCAUCAGGCUAUAAAGAAAUGUACUGCUACUACUAAUACUACUAUUAUUAUGUUGUUGUUGUUGUUAAUCAUUUGAUUUCUGGUUUAUUUGUUUGAAAGCUGAAACAAACUACAAAUAAAAAUGUCAAG